CGUUGUUCGGUAAACAACAUCGGGCUUUAAACGACAACAAAGACAUCGCUAUCCCAAACUACAAAUCCCUAAAACCAGUGCGACACGGACGGGUCAGUAUCUCUCCGCAACAGGACGGCGAAAAAGUCUGUGGAAAAAAAAGAACCGCUUCCGUGUUGUUUCGGUUCUGCAAUAGUCAUAAAAUAACAGCUGCGGGAGGUGAAAACAGUAUUGAUAAAUCGCCGGUGAGUAAUCUAUAACGAUGUACUAAAAGACUACCCACAACAACACUUUUAUCGCUAAAAAAUGUCUUUGCAGCAGGGGUCGAAGAAAAAGGACAAGCGUAUUUUGUCUGGUACCUGCCCGGACCCGAAAUGUCAGGCGAGGCUUUUCUUCCCUGCUUACGGCUCGGUCAGCAUUGAGUGCACCGAGUGCGGCCAGCGUCAUGAGCAGAAAAAUCUCUUGAAAGUGGAAGAAGUGACCGACCCGGACGUCGUGCUUCACAACUUGCUAAGAAAUGCCCUUCUCGGGGUUACCGGCGCCCCCAAAAAGGGAACCGAGUUAGUGAAAGUGAUGGGGCUCUCCAACUACCACUGCAAGUUGCUGUCCCCAGUCCUGACGAGGUUCGGCAUGGACAAGCAGACCGGGAAAGCCAAGUUGUUGCGGGACAUGAACCAGGGGGAGAUGUUUGACUGCUCGCUUUUGGGUGACAGGGCUUUCCUCAUUGAGCAGGAGCACGUGAGCACCGUGGGCUACGGCAGGGAUCGCUCCGGUAGCCUCGUGUACCUGCAUGACACCCUGGAGGAGCUGAAGAAAGCCAACCGGAACAAGGAGUGCCUGAUUCCGGUCCACGUGGACGGGGACGGGCACUGCCUGGUCCACGCCGUGUCCCGGGCGCUGGUGGGCCGGGAGCUCUUCUGGCACGCUCUGCGGGAAAACCUGAAGCAGCAUUUCAAGCAGAACCUGGAGCGCUACAAGGCCCUCUUCCAGGACUUCAUCGACGCGGCCGAGUGGGAGGACAUAAUCAACGAGUGCGACCCCCUGUUCGUCCCGCCCGAGGGCGUCCCGCUCGGGCUGCGCAACAUCCACAUCUUCGGGCUGGCCAACGUGCUGCACCGCCCCAUCGUCCUGCUGGACUCGCUGAGCGGGAUGAGGAGCUCCGGGGAUUACUCCGCCACCUUCCUGCCGGGACUGGUGCCGGAGGAGAAGUGCAAGGGGAAGGACGGCCACUUCAACAAGCCCAUCUGCAUCGCCUGGAGCAGCUCGGGCCGGAACCACUACAUCCCCCUCGUCGGCAUCAAGAACGCCCCCCUGCCCAGGCUGCCGGCCAAGCUGCUGCCCAAGGCCUGGGGGGUCCCGCAGGAGCUCAUCAAGAAGUACAUCCGCCUGGAGUCGGACGGGAGCUGCGUGAUUGGAGGAGACCGGAGCCUGCAGGACAAGUACCUGAUGAGGCUGGUGAGCGCCAUGGAGGAGGUCUUCAUGGACAAGCACGGGAUCCACCCGUCCCUGGUGGCCGACGUCCACCAGUAUGUGUAUCGGAGGACCGGCGUGAUCGGGGUGCAGCCCGAGGAGGUGACGGAGGCCGCCAAGAGAGCCGUCGCGGAGCACCGCCUUCACCGCUGCCUGAUCUGCAACGCCCUGUCGGAGCUGCACGUGCCUCCCGAGUGGUUAGCCCCCGGCGGCAAGCUCUACACCCUGGCCAAGUCCACCCACGGGCAGCUCCGGCCCGACAAGAACUACAGCUUCCCCCUGAACAACGUCGUGUGCUCCUACGACGCCGACAGGGACGCGCUGGUGCCCGACUACAAGCUGAGCCACCUGGGCGCCUGCAACUGGUGCCACGGCACCUCCGUGCGCCGCGUGCGGGGCGACGGCUCCGUCGUGUACCUGGACGGGGACCGGACCAGCGCCCGCUCCCGGGGCGGCAAGUGCGGCUGCGGGUUCAAGCACUUCUGGGAAGGCAAGGAGUACGACAAUCUGCCGGAGGCCUUCCCCAUCACCCUGGAGUGGGGCGGCAGGGUGGUGCGGGAGACGGUGUACUGGUUCCAGUACGAGGCCGAGCCCAGCCUGAACAGCAACGUGUUCGACGUGGCCAUGAAGCUGGUCACCAAGCACUUCCCCGGGGAGUUCGGGAGCGAGAUCCUGGUGCAGAAGGUGGUGAACACCAUCUUGAACCACACGGCCAAGAAGAACCCGGACGAGUACAACCCGGUCGCCGUCGACGGGGCGGCGCACGCCCAUCAGAGGCCGGGGGAGGUGGCGGACGGGCAGGCCGCGGUGGAGGUGCAGCCGCCGACCAAAAUCAUCUUGACCGGCCAGAAGGCGAAGACCCUGCACAAGGAGGAACUGAACAUGAGCAAGGCGGAGCGCAGCCUGCAGCAGAGCAUCAGCGAGAACGCCUCGGCCGCGCAGAAGAAGAGGACCGACAAGCUGAAGCAGGAGCAGAGGGCUCAGGCCAGGCCCGCCUCCCCGGGCCCCGUCCGCGAGGGGCCCUCCUCGGCCCCCGCCACCCCCACGAAAGCCCCCUCCUCCCCCCAGUCCAGCAAGGAGAAGAAGAUCCGCGUGACCACCACCGACGGGCGGCAGGCCAUGCUGACGCUCCAGGUGGAGACCACCUUCGCCGCGCUCCAGGAGAGCCUGGCCCGAGAGUUUGCCGUGCCCCCCGCCCAGCAGUGCAUCCGCUACGGCUUCCCACCCAAGGAGCUCCUGCCUCCCGGGGCGGGGAGCGAGGACGAGCCCGUGCCCCUGCAGCACGGGGACAGGGUGACUCUGGAGGCGGUGAGGGACCCCCAGGAGAAAGAAGCAGCGGCCCCCGCCGCUUCAGCCUCUGCUCCUGCCCCCCACGCAGUCAAGAGCGAGGAUCCUGCGUCUUCCAGCAGACCCACCCCCAGAGAGCUGCAGGACCACAUUGACCUGGAGAUGUCCUCCCUGUGCCUCCUGGCAACUUUAAUGGGAGAAGACGUCUGGUCUUACGCCAAGAAGCUGCCUCACUUAUUUCAGCACGGCGGGGUCUUCUACAACAUCAUGAAGAAAGACAUGGGUCUGAUGGACGGCAAGCACUGCACGCUGCCCCACAUGCCCGGGAAGACCUUCGUGUUCAACGCGGCCGAGGACCGGCUGGAGCUGUGCGUGGACGUGGCGGGCCACUUCCCGGUGGGCCCGGAGGUGGAGGAGCUGGUGAAGGAGGCGCUGACCCAGCUGCGCUCGGAGGCCGCCUCGCGCAGCAGAGAGGGCAGCCCCUCCCACGGGCUGCUGAAGCUGGGCAGCGGAGGGGUGGUCAGGAAGAAGUCGGACCAGUCGCACCACGUCACGGCCUUCCAGGGGAAGGGCCACUCGCUGGGGAGCGCGGCGGGCAGCUCCCCCGCCGAGCAGAAGCCCCGGGAGCGGCCCAUCUCGCGGAAGCACAGCAGCGGGGUGGAUCUGAGCGGCAGCGCUCCCCAGCCGGGGGCCGAGCUGUCCGACAUCUCGGAGGACGCGGCCAAGGAGCUGGUCCGCAUGGCGCCGGGCUUCGUGACCAUGAAGGACGGGAGGCACCUGGACCCCGGCAUGAUUGAGGCGCAGCGCAAGAAGCUGCAAGAGAUGGUGUCCUCCAUCCAGGCGUCGAUGGACAGGCACUUGCGGGAACAGGGCGGGGGGGAGCCCGCGCCGGGAGAGCGCGCCCCCAGGAAAGCGGAGGCCGGGAGCUUGGGAAGUAGGACAGACGGCACAAGGACCAUGGCGCCGCAGCCCGUCCUGGGAAUUGGCGACCACGAGCCUUCGGGCAUGGACGUGUCCGCUCUUGGCACAUCCAGCGGGGUGGAAGUGACAGCAAGGAAGCCCACUGGAAAAGGCACGACCACAGAGGAACUGGAAGACAUGGACAGCCAGGACACCGAGCUGACCAUUGCCACUGAGCCAAUGGAUCACUCCUGAUUGGAAAGGCUCUUCUUUAGCCUUGUGUGUUUCGGAUAGAGAAGCCGAUCCAUAAGUCCGAUCCCCUCCAUAGCCUAGGCUGCAUUACUGGGGGCUUGUUGUAGUGAAGCAAUCGGGUUGUAUCAAAGCAUAGGGUUUCCAUAUUUUCUCUUGUUCUUUACUGCAUGACGGCGAGUUUAAGAUUGGCAGUGUGUAUGAAAGCUUCUGCCUUACUGCUACCCAGGGUGACGAUCACAGCUCGGUAAUACAGGACAUGCACUGUGAAGAAUUGAACGAACACGAACAAGACUGCUUCGCUCCUCCGUACGUGUUGUUUCAUGAUGUGGAGUUCAUUCCUUUAAACAUCAUCUCCGAGUCUUAAGACUUAGAAUUUAGAAUGAAUAGAGCAGGGGUUGAGAGGACCACGGAUUGUGGUCAUAAUGGACAAUCAAAAAUAUUCCGCAUUGUAAUCAAGCACAACUUAAAAUAGUCUGGCACUUAGCAGUACUAAAUUUAGUUCAAAGGAUGAUGCAAAUUUCUCAUCUGAUUGUGAAUAUUUUGCCACUAUAUACCAUAUUAUAACCAGUGAUUUUACCUUGAAUAGUCUGAUUUUUCUCAUUGAAACCAUAUACAUGCACUGGCUUUGCUCAUUACGCAGUAGUUCUGUUGCCUUACCUGAUGCUGGUAUAACAUUAAUACUCAUUAAAGAAAGCGCACAGCACUAGCAUUGCACUAUUAGCUUUGUGCAGUUUGGCACCAUCUGCACUUUGGAAAUCUAAACUGUUGGAAAAUGUGAUGGUGCAGUAUUCAUAAAAAAAAAAGCCCUUGUCUCAUUUUUCAAAGAUAGAAAAACAAAAGUAUGACCUGUAAGAAAUGUGUAAAAAUAUAAGGAAUGUGAUUUUAUUUUCUUCUAGCCAGACUGCUGAGUUUUCGAUCAGACUAAUUAAACAUUUCCAACACUAUAAAAGCGAAGAUCAGGCAAAUGUUGAAGGUUUUUGUUUUGUUUACAUUUUAGAACCAGUGUUGUUAAUGCAGAUCUGAAGGAACCAUAGUCAAUCUGUUGUGAAACUAGAAGGUAACGUGUUUUGUACUUGCUAACGUCACCACGUUGUCAAACCCUCAAGUGUUGAUGAGAAAACAGUGUUUUUGUGUAAAGCACUAGACUACAGUGAUUAUAAAUGAGUACUUGUGUUCAGCCUCAGCGUAGAUUUACUAGUAAUUUCAGCAUUUCAAAAAAUGGCUGCAUUAUUUUCUCGAUGCCAGUCAUUCACAAUACUUAUAUUAUUCUUGCUAUUAUUAUGUCCCUAAAAAGACAAUUGAAGAUUAGGAACAGUUGCAUUAAGUAGUAAUUUUAGAACUUUUCUCUUUCACCCCUCAAAAAUGACCAAUGUAAGGAGAGUUCCAGUGAGCCUUUAUCAGGUGGUAUUUCUGGCACAGUGCAAAUGUAUCCAGAAACAGCAGGUCUGCUUUCUGAAAGUUAGCUGUUUAAUCUUAGUCUUGAAGUCAAGCUACAGACAUCAUCUGGAGGCAUGUACCUGCAUGGUCUCGAUUUGCAGUUGUUCCAUUUACUGAUUGGAUUGUACUGUAUUUUCUUAUGCUAUAACGUGCCACAAUCAAGCCACUGACGGAAAGGGGCAUUCAACCUGUGAUAGCUACUAGUUGUUUUUUUAGCUGAUUGACUUAAGGAUCUCAUCCAGCCCAUCCAGCUAUUUCCUAAGGGAUCCAAGGGAAUCUUGCAUCUAGAAAUAAAUCCGAAUACUUACAGACUGUGGAAAACUGCAGUUAUUUUUUAUUUUGUAACACACAGCAGCUCAGGUUUACUAUUUUUUAUCUCGUUCUCUCAGUGAUAAAUUAUUCUAAAAACUAUGACGAGGAUGUCAGGGUAUAUGAAAAGCACGUCAACAUUUUAAUGGUAACGCAACCCAGUUAAAAGGCCUAUAUAGCUACUCGGAAUUGCUUUUAUUCAGGACAGAUAUAGAGGUCUUUGGUCUCUAUUAACACUUUGUGACUUCAUCACGUAGCACAGAGGCAUUCAAUGACAAUUGGAAAUGUGAUCACAGCAUUAUUUAACUGUUUAGUUGCUCACAGCAUCAUUUGUUGUUUUCACAUUUUAAGCGAAAGUCUUUAUGUAUUUUAUUUUGUAGAAUACAUUUGCAGUGUAAAAGGGUUAUCAGCCAAAGUACCUAGGGGGUAACAUUUCUCUUCAGUUUUGGUCUAAAUUUUCUACAAUCACUUUUUUAUCUGUAGAUCCCAAAGCAUCUUUAGAGAUGGGCCAGGCAAUGAAAAAAAAAAAAAAACAUUGUCCCACUCUCGUUUCUUGCACUACUGUCCAGAACACAUUGACAUUUUUUCUAGAUCUGCUUCAUUUUUAUUUUCAGUGGCCUUAAAGUUCAGUUAACUUUAGAAGCAAAAAAGGUUAACUGUUGUAUCAGUGUACUGUGUCAUGCACAUAGUUUUUGAAGAAAAAAACUAUGAAUAAUUAACCUCACAUUUAAACUGUAAUGGUAAACACACACACACGUGAUUUUGUUUUCAAAAAGGUGCCUCUAAAUGCAGUGUUCCUAAAUGUAAUGAAGGUAUUUUAUAAUGGUGGUACAUAUAUUUUUAGAUCGAGUCACAUAAAGUAAAAGUAAAAGGUCAGUAAAAGCAUAGCGCAAGAUAUUUAAAAUCAUCACAGCAAUUUGGUUCAUGACUUAUUCUUAAAUCUGAGCCUCAUCAUUUCACUGAAAAUAUUUCCUCUUUCUUGAAUUGGUUGGAGGAGAGUUGCCAGAAUGAGCAGCCUCCCAUCCCCCACCACCGAAAUCAUUGAAAUGACCUGAAGUUCCUGGUUAAAUCAAGAGGAAAACCUCGUGUUGACCAGCAGAAAAUGGUGAGCUUCAAAGGUGAUGGAGGCCUCAAGUACGUGACAUGGCACACGUGGCCAAACAGACCUCUCUGCUUUGACGAUGUCGACCGGGAAGAGGGAAAUCUCUUUCUGGGCUAAUCUGGAAACCUGCGGGGUUUCACGGGUUCUUCCCAAUUCACAACUGAUCAAGGCCCUUAAGAAACUGGUCUGACUUCUUCCAAACACCAUUUUGUCAAGCUCCAGAUCGGAGCUGGACCUACACACCAGAGGGCCUGACAGCUCGUAAGAGGCUGCCCACUCAGUGCAGAGAGCCCAAAGGAGAAUUCAGCCAUGUUUGUUGAAGAGGGAGACCAUUUUGAGAAGUGUGAAGUGCUAGAAUAAUUUUAAGUACCUUGUUCUGUGAAAGUCCUGGCUCACAAAUUAUGAUGUACGUGAAGUAUCUUUGAUUGCAGUCGGUAGUCUUGGAAGUACCUUACAUCUGAUUUACAUGCACUGAACUCCAUUAUCUGUGCCAACUGUGUGAAAAGAUGGCAAAAUCCAAACUCGACUUCCAUGAUGGAUUAAAAGGUGGGAUGCCGUCUCUUUUUUUAACAUUGAGGCUGAGCAAUAACUCGACAGCCGGAGAGAAUGAAUUGGUGUGGGCAAGUUGUACAAGAGAAAACACAUCCAAGCACUUUCAAAGUAAGAGGGAAAUUUGUUAGAAUGUGUAUAAAUAGCUUGUGUUAGUGUAUAUAUGAUUCUGUUUUAGAAUAUAGUCUAUAUUGUUGUCCAUUCAAUGAAAGAAAUGGAAAGAGGUAGUAAAUUUGCCUAGUCUGGGCAACACUGGUAAUUUCCAACAAACCAGAGGUUUGUUUCUUUGUGACUGCUGUACUAAUUAUAUGUAAUGUAAGCCAGUGUACUAUAAUAGUAUAUAUUGUACUAUACUUCGAUCUGUACAGAAAUGUUUUUUUCCCCUUGUUUGCUAAUAAAACAAUUGAAGUUACCGAGGAUACAACAUUGCUGUCAGCAUGCGUGAUGACUUUUCAAACUUAGUGCAAUAAAGUAAUUGCUUCACA